AUGCUGAAGCUGAGCCUACUGUUCGUGGGUGCCCUACUGGUCGUGCGGGAGGGUGUGGCCCUUAAGGUACUUUUAGCGAAAGAUGGAGAGGUAGACGUCGCGAGGGAGGUCGUGAAAGUAAACGAGGGGGAGGCGUUCGAUCUGGUAUGCGAGUCGGAUACUGCAGUAGAGUGGCUUAAAGUGUCUGGCACCGGGUCAUCCCCUGAUCGGCCACUCACAAAGCCCGCAAUAGCCGAACUUUUUUAUGCGCCGGUCCUGUCUUUUAGAAGGACUAAUGGAAAUGAUGCGGGUCACUAUAUCUGCAUGGAUCCCAAAACUUCGGAAAAGCAGGAUGUUUCCGUGGAAGUGGUGCUAUUCCCAGAAGGUCCAGACAAAAUCGACCAGCUCUACGACAUUAUUAAAAAAAUCGUGGACCUAACUUCCGCGGAAAAGGCAUCUCAUGAGCACUUAAAUCAGUUAUUAGACAUCGUGCAUGAACUCAAACUCCGAAACGAGAACUUAACCAGAGAAACGCUUGAAUUAAUUCGUCUCAUAAUGAAAGAAAUUAUGCACGCAUCGGAAACAGAGGCGGGAUUAGCGGAUAUUAUGAAAGAAUUUGAGAAAUUCUGUACAGAGAAUGCGGAAGAGCUCCAUCACAACGACGAAGAAGCAUACCCAGAAAAGCCGGUCGGAGAAUUUGAACCGGAAAAGGACAAACAACAUGAAGAAGAUCACGAAGACGGAGAAGCUGGGCCACACCAUAACGAAGCGGAAACGGAAAAACCCGAAACCCGACCCUUUGAACCUGAGAAAGAUUACGAAGACAAAGAACAUGGUCAGCCUAACCGCCAUGAAGUAGAACCAGAAGAAGCACACCCAAGAGAACCCGAAAACACACACUUUGAACCCGAAAAAGAUUACGAAGACAGAGAACGUGGUUGGCCCAACCUCCAUGAAAGAGAACACGAGGAAGGACACCCAGAAGAGCCCGGAAUCGGACACUUAGCUAAUAGAUUUGCUGAUAUAGGCCCGGAACAUGAAGAAAAGAAUGAGAAAAGUAGACCCGAUGAAUGGCCACGUCACAUUGAGAGAGAAAAUGAACACCCACACGAACCUGAAAUCGGAAACUUGCCUGCUAGAUUUCAUGGAUUGAACGCAGAACCGGAAGGAAGGAACAAGCCCAUUUGGGAACCCAAGGGAGAAGAAAAACCAUAUGAAGAAGAUCACGAGCAUGGUUGGCCACACCACAACGAAAGACGAGAUGAAGCAGACCAUCCAAAAAUCGACAACUUACCUAGCCUGCCCGCAAAACUUGAAGAUUGGCCAAAAUUUGGCGAGGAAAAACCCGAUUUCAAACCAAGCAGGGAGGAGGAAGGUUACGAGAAACCACACGGGAUCGAAGCAAACGAAGAGAAGCCGGUGCCGGAUUAUGAGGAAGAGGAAUGGAAGCCAAAUGAAGAAGCCAGCGAAGAAAAGUCGAAAGAAGAAGGGUCGGAGCAAAAUGACGAAGAAGAACCGGAAGAAGAGGAGUCGGAGCAGAACGACGAGGCCACUGAAGAGGAAUCGGAAGAAGAAGAAUCAGAGCAAAACGACGAGGCCAGUGAAGGAGAAUCGGAAGAAGAAAAAUCAGAGCAAAAUGAUGAGGCUAGCGAAGAGGACGAUUAUGAGGAAGACGAGGAAGAAGAAUCAGAGCAAAAUGACGAGGCCAACGAAGAAGAAUCGGAAAAAGAGGAGUCGGAGCAGAACGACGAAGCCAGUGAAGAGGAAUCGGAAGAAGAAGAAUCAGAGCAAAAUGACGAGGCCAGUGAAGAGGAAUUGGAAGAAGAAGAAUCAAAGCAAAAUGACGAGGCCAACGAAGAAGAAUCCGAAGAAGAGGAGUCGGAGCAAAACGACGAGGCCGGUGAAGAGGAAUUGGAAGAAGAAGAAUCAGAGCAAAAUGAUGAGGCUAGCGAAGAGGACGAUAAUGAGGAAGACGAGGAAAAAGAAUCAGAGCAAAAUGACGAGGCCGGCGAAGAAGAAUCCGAAGAAGAGGAGUCGGAGCAAAACGACGAGGCCGGAGAAGAGGAAUCGGAAGAAGAAGAAUCAGAGCAAAAUGAUGAGGCUAGCGAAGAGGACGAUAAUGAGGAAGGCGAGGAAGAAGCAUCAGAGCAAAAUGACGAGGCCAGCGAAGAAGAAUCGGAGCAAAAUGACGAGGCUAGCGAAGAGGAUGAUUAUGAGGAAGACGAGGAAGAGGAGGAAGAGGAAGAAUCCGAACAAAAUGAUGAAGCUGAAGAGGAGGAAUUAGAUGAAAAUGAAUCAGAGGAAUUAGAUGAAAAUGAAUCAGAGGAAGAUGAUGAAGCCGACGAAAAGGAAAAUGAGAGACCCGUGGAAGCACCAGUAGGCGAAAAUGGGUGGCCAGGCUACGAGUCGCCCAGCAAGGAACACGGUGAACCGCACGUGACUCCACAAGAAGGCCCAAAUCCUUUGCUAGAAAGCGUCGAGAGGUUGGACAAGUUAGAUCUGCCGAAUGGAGCCCCUGGCCUAAGCAACGAAAUUCAAGAUGACAUAGUUAUUAAAGGGCUCCGUGAAAUACACAAAAUAUCUGAACUACUCCUGAAAGAAAUGCUUGAAUCUUCAUCCCAUUAA